AUGGCAAGCACCAACACGUCAGGAAAAGGGUCACCAACACCUUCAACGAAAGAUGACCAGCAAAAGGAAGAGGAAGAGCUACGGCAGGCAAUGAUUGUACGCAUCGUUAUCUUUGGUUUCCACAACACGAGCAAUGCCCUGCCUGACAAAGGCACGGCUACCACAUUCUCGGACUCGGAGCUGCUGCGCAAGGUGCAGUUCCCGGUGGCACAGGCCUCGCAGGAGACGGCCGUCAAGACGGCGCCUCCUGGAAACGGGCUGGCCGAAGAACUGCGCACCACCAUACGCUGGAACGACAUAUCCUGCACCGUGCCCAUUGUUAGGGGCAUUUUUGAGAAGACAGUGGACUCGAUCACCAAGCCGUCGCGGAGGAAGACGGCUGUGCGCUGCAUGAGCGGCUGCGCCGGGCCAGGCGACUUGGUCGCCAUCUUGGGACCACCAAACAGUGGGAAGUCCACGCUGCUCAACAUACUGUCCGGAUAUUGCAGAGAGGGCUACAGCGGCGAAGUGCUCAUCAACGGCGCCCGGAUGGGUGUGGACGAGCUGAGUGACCGCAGCUGUAACGUGCCGCAGACGGACUUGCACCUGGACUGCUUCUCAGUGAAAGAGACGUUGUGGAUUGCGGCUGAGCUGAAGUUCCCCACAUCCACAGAACGCAAGGACAAGUUCCGAGCGGUCGUGAACGCGAUGGAACGUUGGGGACUGAUGGACGUGCGGCGCAUCCCAGUGUCCCUGGUUAGCAAGACGCACCGGCGCCUGCUCACCUGCGCCGAGCAGCUCAUCCGGCCGCAGCCGCUCAUAUUCGUCGACGAUCCCACAAGAAACGUGGAUGCGACGCAGGCGCACAUCUGCCUACGCACGCUCAAGUAUCUGGCUUACAAGGGCCACACGGUGAUAGUCGUCAUCUCAAACCCUACAGCAGUCAUGCUCAAGUACAUUACGAAGGUCUACGUGUUGGCCGAAGGCAGGCUCAUCUACAGCGGCGUUCCUGCUGACCUGCGGAACCACCUGGGCGCACACGGCUUCCUCUGUCCAACGGAGGUUUCGAUCACCGAAUACCUGCUCCAGGUGGCCGCAAAGAUGUACGGUGGACUCCGCGCGCUCGCCGAGACAGAGACGAUGAAGGCCAAGGAGAUGCAGCAGCAAAUGAAGCAGCCGCUUUCUCCGACUGGGCCUUCACCGAUCGGUGCCCCACCAAGUGGCCAGCCGCAGGGUGUGACGGUAGAGCCGCGGCAUUCAAAGGCGGGCGAGGCCGCCAAUGGCAACGACGAAGGCGGCAAGGCGCCCGACAGGCGACGGAACAGCCUUGGCAACAUAUUCGAGGGUCGCGAAACGGUUGACAGCAAGGACCUGUUCUCUCUUCUUUUCAACAGGUUCAUCUUCUACACUUUCCGCAGUUCGGUGUACAUGUCGUACAGGCAGUUCAUAAAUAUCUCGUUCAUCGUCAUCUUCGCGAACGUGUUCAACUCGGUGGGCGUGGAGCACAACUUCACCAACAUGAACGUCGCUUUCGUCUUCCUGUACAUGUCCUGCCUAUCUGCAUUCUCGCUCCUGGGCGCAACACUGAAAACGCCUUUGCUCAUCCAGCACGUGAUCCACGAGCAGCGCUACUCUCUCUACGGCAAGAAGAUCUACUUCCUGGCCCGGGUCACGUGUGACGUCAUGUAUGAGAUCAUGUUCUCGGUGUCAUCUGGAAUAUUCGACUACUACCUGACACACCAGCCGAAGGAAGAGAGCCGGAUCUUCUUCUUCCUCUGUUUCGGCUUCCAGGUGUCCGUGCUGGGACAGGCUUUGGGCACGCUCAUCGGAACCAUCUUUGAGUACGAGACGGGUUGCAUGGUUGCGCUCACGGUGUUCGUCUACUCUGUGGUGUUCGGCGGCUACUUCUUCACCAGCAAGCAGUUGGCCUCCCACGUGAUGUGGCUGCCAUUCACGUCGUACCUGCGCUACGCCUUCAGCGGCACCCUGACCGCCCUCUACGGCUGGAAGCGCGGCAACCUCACCUGCCCCACAGAGGCCAACCACACCUGCCCGUACGCCGUAGGGACCGACGUCCUUGCCGCGUACUCUGUACACGAGAACGAGUUCUACAUUGACCUGGUGACGUUGUUCAUCGCCAUACUAGCCGUCUGGCUCGUUGCCUGCCGGCUGCUCGCAUUCAGAAUCAAGUGGCGCCUGUGAAGUGAAGCGGAACGCGGCCAUGCUGAAUUCACAAAAAUGUGCAACCUAGCGGUCACUGAGGCCGCUGAUCUCGCCAUGUUUGUUGUCCAUGUGCUCAGGGUCUACCUAUCUGUACCUUUGCGAAAUGUAAAG